AAAAAAGUGUUUUGGGAUUUUGGGAUACCUAUACAAUCAACAUUAUUGGAAUUACCCGAAAUAAAUUCUACAAUGAAGAUUGAAUAUGAGGCGAGUUCAUUAUCUUUAAGUUGUGCUUUAUCAACAUAG